AUGGGUCAGGAAGAGUCCUCCAUGAGUUACAGCGGCCCGCCCGCAACGCUCACUGAGCGGAGCUUGGCCGCUGUCGCAGAUUACAUCAAGUCAGGCCGCUGCAAGCAUAUUACGGUCCUGACUGGCGCUGGUAUCUCUACUGCUGCUGGAAUCCCCGACUUUCGAUCGCCUGGAACGGGCCUUUAUGCCAACCUUGCUCGUCUCAAUCUACCCUACGCCGAAGCCGUCUUCGAUAUCUCCUACUUUCGCGAGCACCCCGAGCCUUUCUACGUACUAGCCAACGAAUUAUAUCCUGGGAAAUUCCAUCCGACCGUAUCGCAUGCCUUCAUCGCUCUCCUCGCCCGCAAGAACCUUCUCCAGAUGCUCUUCACUCAGAACAUCGAUUGUCUUGAGCGCGUAGCUGGAGUACCUUCAGGCAGGAUCAUCGAGGCCCACGGAAGUUUCGCAAAGCAGCGCUGCAUCGAGUGCAAGGAAGAGUACCCGGACGACAAGAUGAAGGAGCACGUCUUUGGAGGCAAGGUUCCUCAUUGCGAUAAGGAAGGUUGCGAUGGGCUCGUCAAGCCUGAUAUUGUCUUCUUUGGUGAACCGCUACCCAAGGCCUUUGACAACAAUACUUUCCAAGUCGCAAUGGCAGACCUGGUCUUGGUUGUUGGUACAAGUUUGAGCGUGUACCCUUUCGCUGCCCUUCCAGGUUUGGCGCAAGAGGGAAAGCCUCGUGUUCUCUUCAAUAUGGAGCAGGUUGGUCAGCUUGGCAGUCGAUCCGACGAUGUUAUGGAGCUGGGUGACUGCGACUCAGGUAUCCGCAAGUUCGCUGAUGAGCUCGGCUGGCACGACGAGCUCGAGGCAUUGUGGAGAGAGAUUGUGGGUGAUGCCGAGGCAGACAGACAGAACAGUGGUAGAGAGAAGGAGGCUGUGCAAGAUGAGGUUGAGCGCUUGGCAGCCGAGGUCGGAGCUGUUGUGAUCGACGAUGGCGAGGAUAAGACUGAUGUCAAGACUGAUGUCAAGCAAGAAGACACAAAGCAGGAUGUGCUUUCGUAUAAUAAGCCAACCAAGAUCGAAGAGGAGCAAUCCAAGACUGAGAAGAACGAUCCAGAGCCCGCAGCUGCCCCCGCUUCUACAACGACUCCAGAGGACAAGAAUAAGGAGUCACCAAAGACCGAGCAACUCAAGCCAGAGAACCUCGAAAAGAUCGAGGCCGAGGCAGCCAAAACAGAGUCACUGGUCACAGAGCCCCCAAAACCACAGCCAUCGAAAGAAGAACUACUACAAACAGACACGCCCAAGGAUGAGCCCACUGUUGCACCUGCAGAACCCAGCACAGAGGAAGGGAGCAAGUCCAAAUUCUAG